AUAUUUAGCCAAUGAUAGGUUGCGCACCGAUAACUUGAUAAAAAACCAUCAGUCAUCGCGUACGUAUUUGCGUAUUCGUUUGUUAUCGUCGUUUGUGCCAACUUGACAGUAAAAUUGGUUCAGUCUUGGUCGAAAACUCGGCUUACUUGUGCGCAUUUCGCCCCCUUUUCGACUUUGUUCCCGAUCGCGUGUUGUGUUGUGUUGUGUUCGCGCAAAAUGAAGAGUGAGAUGUUUAGAAAGAGAAAGCAUGACGUAGAGAACGGUAAGGUGAAUCCGAGCGAAGAGAGAGACAGCUGCUGAAACAGGUUUGAAAGUUUUCGAGGAAAGAGUUGGAGAGAGAGGCGAGAAGGCGGUUGGUGUGCGUGCGACAAGGACGCCGCAUCGGACCCGGAGAAGUGUCUUAGUCAUUGAGAGAGACGGCAGUAGUAAACAUGGCGCCGCGCUCGCCACCAUAUCAUAUUUAGUGCGUAUUGUCGACGCAGUAUCUGUUGAUUUAUCCGAAUUGAGUGCGGGUUAAGUGCGCGAUGGCCGCUGGAGCCCCCUCGUGACGCGCCCCUGGACGCCAUGUGAGGAGGAGGAGGAGGACGCAGGUUACUAAAGAGCGAUGGAAAACAGUGCCGACAGUUAUUUGCACAAGAAGUUCAAGAAGCAGCUCAGCAUCAUCGAACCGAAACUCCAAUAUGAGAGCAAGGGAGUCGUGGACUCGCGUCAAGAAAAAACCCCUGAGAAUCAAACUUGCAAAGACAAUAACGAAAGUGUGCCAAACCAGAGUACAAAUCAAAGUAGUUCUCUCUCAAAGUCUUCCAUAUCAGUAGAGGAGUGUAGCGUGAUUUUACAAUCUUCGAACUCGUGCAUAUCGAAACCCUGGACCGAACCAGUUAGCACGUCUUCCAUUUUAGAAAAUAACUUAUACAAAGUGAAACCCGAAGAUGUAGUCUCGAAGGACCACGAAGAGGCAGAGAAAAUCCCCGAUAAGUCCUCCGCCGGCAAGUAUGUCUGCCCCUAUUGUAAUCUGGUAUGCUCCAAACCCAGUGUACUCCAAAAACACAUCAGGGCGCACACCAACGAACGUCCAUUCCCUUGCAACAGUUGCGGUUUCAGCUUCAAAACUCGCUCCAAUCUCUACAAACACUGCAGAUCGCGAACACAUGCGAAUCGAGUCUUGGGAAACAAAGCGCAAGAGAUGGGAGAGACCGAAGAGGGGCCCAAAAGCCCCACCAACGAUGCCACCAUCGAAGACAAAGCUCAAGACCUCAAAACCAAACCCUACAAACCGCGCUUCCACACCAAACACAUCUUCAAAGAGAACGAAGAGAAUAAAGAUGAACCUAAACACAACUCCAAUAUCCUCUCGGACCACAUCAAUGAGAUUAUCAACAAGAACAACUCGAUUGUUAACUCGCAUGACCCCUACGUGUUGAAGAAGAGGCCGGAGGUGGAAGAACACCAGAGACACAUCGCCGAUUUGAUUUAUUUGAACAACAACGACGAACCACUCAAUCUUACCAAAAACCGGAAGAGGUGUAUGAGCGAAGUGGUGGAACCUGGAACCCAGAAAAGCUUAAUCAAGGAGUUGCUCCUCAAAAAUCUCAAUUCGGAUAUGCAGUGUCCUCAUUGUAAAAUGAUUUUUCAAACUGUGACUGAGUUGGAGUUGCACAAAUUGAGGAAUUGUAAAGGGUUUGUCAAACCUGGUGCCAAAUACAGUCGGAGUAGUUCAGUCAAUGUGGCUUCUAUUCUUACACAGAAUAAAAACGCCUUUGAUAAUAUUCCCCAUCUACAAAACGCAGUGUUUCCAUUGAAGUCUCCAGGGCCGUUUUUAGGCAAAACCCGAUUGGUUGAAAGUGACAAAAAUAAGUCGUUUUCGUUCGAUGAUGGCCUUCCGACGGCUUUUCCUCCCGCUACUCCCACCGAACGGUACUUACUAUCACCACUAACUUUACCCAGUGAAAGGGAGAAGAAGCCUCCGGUGAAACUCUUCGGAGGUGAAGUCAAAAUCACGCACACCUCUGGUGAAACUAAGAGUUUCAAAAUUGAUAAUAAAGACGAUAAGUUUGAUAGUGGCUUUGUGGAAUACAGUGGAAAAGUGAGUGAGAAUCGAGUGGUGAAAUCCGGGUUACAAUCCGGUGGUACCGUCUUGACCAACAAAGCCAACUACUCCAAAGAAGAUUCUUUACGGCCAACCCAAGAUGUUAUUCGUGUUUACGACAACACCCCAGCCUCCCCCAACAUUGGAGUCAACUUGACCAAACCCCAAAUCACCUACAGGGGAAAUACCGAUUCUAUCGACUAUACCGUUCCUUACAACAAAUACACCAACAUCGUCGAUUUUAGCCAAAAAGCCGUCAAACUCCUAACCCCGAACUUGAAACAACCCAAUCUAGCAGUUCCAGGAGUACCAACCCCCAAUCAUUUUACCUUCCCCGAUUUAGAUAAACCCGAACCUCAUAAAGUCUUCCAACCGAAAAUCAUCACCCCCCAACCUGUCUGCAAUCCCGUCAAACUCCUAGUCAACGGAAAAGUCGUACGUCACGUACCGGGGAUUCCCGGGCCUCUUGUGCCCGAAGAACCCCCACCGAUUCUAAUCAAACCUGAUCCUAAACCACUAGAAGUGAAAAUCGAUCAUCCGGCCGAUAAAUCCCCGGUGAAAAUCACCGAAGCGAAGAAGUUCGCACGGCCUAAUAGUCUAGCCUUGAAACCAACAACGGCCUCUUUGAAACAACACCAUGGAUUGACACCGACGAUGUUUAACCAGAUUUUGAUCAGUCCGGAUACACCACGUGUGGCGAAGAAGUACGUCCAGCAGUUUUUACACGGGAAUUAUUUCAGUUAUUUGGGGUUGAAGUGCUCGACGAGGACGGUGUAUUGUACGUUGAAUAAAACGCAGCCGUUUUAUGUGCAUUACUUUAAAAAAUUAAGUAUGUACUCCGAGUGGAGACAGCAGGACACCAAGACGGAGAAGUUGUAUGUGAGUGCGUACGACUCGAGACAGCGGCAUCAGCGGUACACCACGGCGGGGAAAACGACCGCCGACCUGGUGGUGCAUUCGAGUUACAAGUUUGUCGUUUCGGAGUCUUCCAGUGGCGGCGACAAGUCCGAGGAGCAGCAGAAAUCCGCCACCAUCCUCGGCGGUUACGAAUCCAACGACGACUACACGUACAUCCGAGGCAGGGGGCGAGGUCGCUACGUGUGCGACCAGUGCGGAAUCAGGUGCAAAAAACCGUCAAUGUUGAAAAAACAUAUCAGGACGCAUUCGAAUGACAGGCCGUACACUUGCAAUCAUUGCAAUUUCAGUUUCAAGACAAAGGGGAAUUUGACGAAGCAUAUGAAGAGUAAAGCGCACACGAAGAACUAUGCGGCUAGUGGGUCGGGAUCAUCGACACAACAGAGCGGCACACAGAGCUCCGAGUCGGAUACGGAGGACAGCGGGAUGGAUAGCAGUGAUGAGUCAACUCGACGGGAGGAGCACGAAGCGGCCUACGGCCUUCUCUCCCUCUCCCAGAAGACUUCGCAGCCUCUCCGUCGCGAGUCCACGAGCCCCGUUUCGACUUCGGGCUCCGACGUCACGGUCCUCAACACCGAGGAAAUUGCCCACGCGUCCAAAACCAACUAUGCCAAAAACAAAAUCCUCGACGAUAAAACACCACUCAAUUUCAGCGUCCCUAAAGUCACUGCCACCACCAGUGGUAGUACAUCGGACGAAGAAGUCCAAAACUUGACCCAGUUCCUAGGCAAGACGACAAUCAACCGACCUCUGACCUACCCCUACACGUCGAUCAUACCUCAGGACAGUCAAGAGGCCGAUAAAACUGAAACGAAAAGUAUCAAACAGUUUCACGUCAUUCAAAAGUACGCUUCAAGGGAAUCCCACAAACAAGUGGACAAUAGUGCCAAUUGCUUGACUAGUAAAAGUGGAAAGGAUAGGACAAGAGUGCCAACUGAGGUCGUGAUGGUGCAUAAAGUGAACAAUGUUGUACAACCGCCGGUUUUAAAAGUCAACGAUGCUGUGGUGCUUGGUGAUAAUAAUCAGAGUGCGGCGGAUUUGAGGAAACGGAAAUUGAGUUUCGUGGAAAGUGAGUUUGAAAGAGUGAAGCAACAUAAAACGGACGAAGUGAUGGACUUGUCGAUGCCAGCGGAGAAAAACCCCGAAUUAAGGUAUAACGGAUCGCCUCAGCCGAAAGAGGACGACCGACGCAUGUACCAUGUGAUCAAAAAAACCGAAGAUCUCUACCCGCCUCCGAAGUUUGCCGAAGAGAAAUCGCCGGUGAAAAACAGCAACGGUUUCGUGAGUGUGAACAUCAAUUACGUGAUACCGGAUAGCCAACCGAUAAACUGUGAAUCCCCUAAAAUAGUGUACAAAUCGGUCGAUUACGAUAACAGUGCGAUGGAAACGUUGGCCGAAAUUGCCACCAAACAAGUGAAACUCGAGAAAAAUACUCUCGCGAAAAGUGUAGCUUCGGAAUUUUUGAAAAUCGCAACGAAAAACGAAUUCUCACCAGGUGACGCGAUUAGAGAGGCGAACACUUUCGGACCAGUUACGAAGGAAGUCAACGAUCUGAUCGUCAAGCCCGAAGGGAAUAAAAGUUGUCAUAUUUGUGCGAAAAGCUUCAGCAAAACGCCACAGCUGAGGCUGCACAUGAACAUCCACUACUUGGAGCGUCCGUUUCGUUGCCAUUCGUGUUCUGUGAGUUUUCGUACAAAGGGCCACUUGCAGAAGCAUGAAAGAAGUGCUAGUCAUCACAAUAAAUUGUCGUCAUCGCCUGCCUUGUCCUCGUCGGAGCCUCGGCCGUUCAAAUGCGUCGAUUGUAAUAUUGCAUUUCGAAUACACGGUCAUCUCGCGAAACAUCUGCGCUCGAAAAUGCACAUCAUGAAGUUGGAAUGUCUCGCGAAAAUACCGUUCGGAUUGUACGCAGAGUUGGAGAGAUCUAACAGUUUGUUGACGGAAAUAAAUACUGCUGAUGGGGACCAAUGUUUAGAGAGCUUAAAGACUUUAGCCAAGAAAGUUUUUAUCAACGAUCCAAAUAAAUUAAAUCAACUGAAUUCAGCGGAGAGUAUAGAUGCCGAUAGCUAGAUAAAUUAAUUUAAUUUUGUCAAGACUGAAUCAAAAUCUUAACAAAAAAAAAGAGUAUACAUUUUAUAAUACUAUAGUAUAAAUUAAAUAUAAAAGAUAUAUUUUAAAUCAUUUCUCAUGUGUCAAAUAUGUUAUGUGAUAUAUGAUAAGCAUAGGUAAAUGUGUUGAAAUUAUGUUUUUAGUGGUUGAAACCAUGUUAUCGCGUCGAUUUUAUUUUUCCAUUUUUGUUUUUAUAUUUUUAAAGCGACUCCCAAUCGUUUAUUUUUAUUUGGUUGUACAGUGGGAAUCAAGUUAUUUUAUAUUUUGAUCUUGUUUAAGAUUAUCUUCCUUUAAGUUGAUAUUACUACCUGUUUUUAGGUAUUUUAUAGAGAGACAUUAUUCCUAAGUUUUAAGUGUUGUAUAAAUAGAAAAUGUUAAGCUAAUUUUCAUCGUUGUAAAUAUUGUUUAUAUUAGGCAAUUUGUGUAAUGUUAGUAGUUACAUGAGUUAACACAUUUCUGUAAUCUAUUGAACUUACGAGAUUCUCAUUCGUGCCAGAUCACAGAUCAGCAUUCUCUUUUUUUAAAUUGUAGUCUUGGGUUAACUCGUUUAAUUGAACUUCUUUUGUGUAAACUGUUAAUUCUGUUUAUAUUGUUGAAAAAAGUACAAGAUUAUUAUAAUUGUUACUGAUGAAAUUUUGUUUUAAAUAUAACUAUUAAUUUUC